UGCACAUCUGUACAUCCUGCACAUACUACUAGUAGUACAUAACUACAUCCUGUACAUACAUUCAUCCUACAUACCACCUUGUACAGCCUUCCUCCACGAAAGCUCUCUACCUUCACAUCUCGCUAUGUUGCACCCUAACAGAAUGCGGAGAUAGCGGCAUAAUUGGCUGCUCAUACUUUAUACUACAUUCUGUCCAUGAUCCACUGAUACUUAGGCACACGGAUGAAGGCUCUAGGGGCCUCUUUUAGCCAUGUACUGGCCCAUUGGAACUCCUAGAAUCUAUGCGACAACUACCACCCAAACCUCUGCCAAGACGAACCACGUCGUAUCUCAUGAUGGCAUCGCCUCUAGUUCAUCUGCCGACAAUGACUCUUUAUCCAGUUCUGACCUCCCGCCGCCUCCCAUACUCGUUGAUGAGAAGGAUCGAGUCGUCUCUGAUAACCUUUUACCACCCUUCACCCCAGGUCUCAGAACUCCAGCUACCCCAGCUAUAAACUCGGUAGAGCAUGACAUCUAUCAUGAUGGAAAUGGGUCCAAUUCUCACCAUUUCUUUGCCGCUCCUAGCGCCGAGGGAGGUAGCCUUCCGACAGGAGAGCCGGUCGUUGCUUUGAAAGUAUCUAGGACUGGCCAUCUAUUCGCUGUCAUCACUGCUUCUUCUAUGACGAUAUGGCAGACCAAGCCUACUGUAAUCCAAGCUGUCGUCGUCCGUUCCGAAACGUCAAUCAGAUCCUACGGUACUAAUGUAGCGCUUCUACUAAGACCAGACUCCGUUAUAUUCGUUGUCCAGACAAGCUUAGGCUACUUGAUCACGUAUUCGCUUGCGACUGAUGCCGACUCACGUGUUUAUAAACCUCACUUUUCCGACCAUAGUAAUAUUCAGAGGCGGCGGCAAAGCCACUUCGGAGGCCCUGGUAACAAUACACCCGAUCAGAUUCUGCUAGGGCCUGGCGAAGGGGCUGGGGUUCGUGAUAUAAGCGUUCGCUUUCGUAGGGUAAUCAAAGUUGACGCCGGCAUUGAGUGCGCCAUUGCUCUUGACGAAGAGUUGGUUGUGGCUACCAAGAAGCCAGCAGCGGUCCAAUGCAUUCGAUGGAUACCCGAUAGCACAGGUAACCAGACGAGCACUGAACUUGUAAGCCGUAUGGGCUGGCUGGAAAAGAAGGUAUCAAUCAGGGAAAUGACCCAUGACCGGCCAAUGAACAUCUCCACUUGGGUUACAAGCGACGGCAAAGCUUACGCUGUUCAACGGAUCUCAGCUCGUCUAGCCACUGACACGGAUUUUGACCCCAAAAAGCUAUUUAAGGGCUACUGCUUCCAUUCUCCCCAGGGGAAUGGGGAUCGUGCUGUUCGAGCAGUCGUCAAUGCUCGAUUCUCACUCAUUGCAGUGGGAUGCGUUGAUGGCAGUAUCCGUGUGUAUUCCGCCAGAGACUACGCGGGCAAUAUCCCUCCUUCUCAUGUACACAGAAUACCUGUCUCGUCUGGGUCUUCCGGUACAUUAACAACCAUGGCUUAUUCCCCGGAUGGGUAUUGUCUAUUCGCCGGCUAUGAAAACGGGUGGGUGACAUGGAGCGUAUUUGGCAAGACCGCCAGUCAUAGUUUCAACGCAAAUCCAACCAUCACUUCUGUCAAUAAGGAGGGUUGGCUUAGCGGUGUCACUGAAGCUAGCUGGGUUGGCGGCGCAUGCGAAAUAUUGAUUGUUGCUCGCCAAGAUGAGGCCAUCUGGUUGCUCGAGAUGGCGCGAAGUGCCGUGACUGGCUGUUAUACCCCCCCAAACCUCUUUCGUACUGUGUUACAAAGUUCGUCGACUAUCAUGGUUUAUCGAGGCUAUGACCUCCCAGAUCUCACUAGCAUCUCUGCAGAGCCAUUCCUUUGGCAUAACGCUAGGAUUCCCUCUAAUUACCUUCUGAACCAAUGGCCCAUCAAAUGCACAGUCAUAUCCUCAGAUGGUAGAUAUGUUGCGGUGGCAGGUAAGCGUGGGCUUGCACACUAUAGUGUUAAUAGCGGUAGGUGGAAGACGUUUGCGAAUGAGGUCAUGGAAAACGAGUUUCAAGUGAGGGGCGGUAUGUGCUGGUAUCAGCACAUUCUAGUAGCAGCUGUCGAGGCCAACAGAUCAUAUGAGCUCCGCCUAUACUCGAGGGAAGCAGCUCUUGAGAGCUCGACAGUUAUGUUCACACAACAACUACCAGCUCCUAUUGUUCUGAUUACUCCAAUGGGGGAGGAUUCUCUGCUUGUCUAUACUUACGAGAACCUCCUUUACCACUUCGUCUUUGCACCCGUUUCCGGCGCGGUGCGACCUAUACAGGUUGGACAAAUAGCUUUCCAUGGCAUUGUCAGGUCUCCCGCAAGAGUGAGGGGGCUUAGUUGGAUACUGCCCGAGAAUCAAAUGACUGAUGGCGAUCCUUCACAGGAUGUCGCCUUCGCUUCGGUGCUAUUCUUAGUGGAUGGGAAACUUGUACUCCUCCAGCCGUCGAUGAGUAAUGAGGGGCAGCUCAAAUACGACAUGCGUGUCAUAUCUCACAACGUAGAGUUCUACGCAAGUAUGAGGGAUCAAUUAUCUAUCAACAUGCUGAACGAAUAUAGCACGGGUUUCUCAGCGGAGGCAGAAGAGAGCAGCCUUCGGAAUUCGUUGUGGGUUUUCGAGGGGCAUGAGCUGAAAGUCUGGCCCGACAUCCAAGAAGUGCUCCGAGCAACUUUGGCUGAGCCAUCAAGAGAACUACCCCCUACAGUAUCUAUGCCUAUCGAUUUUUAUCCUUUAUCUGUUUUAUUAAGUAAAGGGAUUGUAUUGGGUGUUGAGCCUGAACUGGUUCAACGCCGAGAUAUCAAUUUCUCCUUCUUCCGCUUCUCUAUUAGGACUCAUCUCUUCCUUCCUGAGAUCCUACGAUAUCAUUUGGUAGCCAAUAAUGCCGCUACUGCGCUCAAACUAGCACAACAAUACGAAAACCUCGCGUACUUCGCUCAUGGCUUGGAAGUACUUCUCCAUCACGUGCUAGAUGAGGAGGUCGAUUCAGGCCCCGCGCCGGAAGCUGCGAUCUUACCCAGGGUCCUCUCGCUAUUAUCAUCAUUUAAGCAAUACCUAGAUAUUGUAGUGCAGUGUACGAGGAAAACCGAAGUCCGAUCCUGGAGGACAUUAUUUGCAUACUUGCCUCCGCCGCAAGAGUUGUUUGAGGAAUCCCUCCAGCGUGGGUCCUUGAAGACGGCGGGAGGUUAUUUAUUGAUACUACACACAUUCGAAGAGCUAGGAGCGGCAUCUGAACAAUCAGUGCGGCUGUUCUCUCGAGCGAUCCGGGAAGAGGAUUGGGAGCUUUGUAAGGAAUUGGCUCGGUUUCUAGCGGCAAUGGAUGAAAGCGGGGAGACAUUGAGAGAGGCGAUGGAGCUGGUCAAUAUUCGAGUUAAGCAAGAAACAGACGAUACGGAUAUAAUGACUAGAUUGGAAGUGCCGCCGAGAAAAAGCAAUGGCAAUUCCCGUUUAACACGGCAAGGGUCAGAGGCUAGCUCUGAUGGGCACUCGGCAAGUGACGGUAGCAGCUUUGGUACAAUCAGUCCCAUAUGAUACAUCCAAUAUGUAAUGCUCUACUACCUAGGUAAUAGCCUAGUAAGUAAUAGAGAGAUGGUUUAGGAUACUGGUAUGGGAGGUAGGGAGGUUAGGAGGGAAUCCGUUUGCAUUCUUCCGCGUUGGGAGUAGAAGGGGGUUUGGAAUGCAGGCUUAUGUAUGUGCAAGUUAUGUAGGUUAGGUCUUCAAGGAGACUUUAGAUGAAUAAGAUGGAGAGUAUAAAUGGAAAAUCCAUAUGAUUAGAUACCUACCUACUACUAGCAUCUAGGCAGGUACUUAUAAACAUAGUAUACCUUUUUC